ACACACUUGGGAUGUCGCAUCCAAGAGCAGCCAAAUACUCAUUCUAUGUGACAAUGUCUCAGUCUCUCUUCAUUGGAAUUUUAUUCUUGAUUUUUGUUUUGCUGAGCAAAGAGCAUCUAGCUCUCAUCUUUACCAACAGCGAGGAUAUGAUUAGAGCUGUGUGCGAUUUAGCAUACCUGCUUGCUGUAGCCAUUCUUCUUAGUAGUCUCUCACAAGUUAUAUCAGGUGUGGCAAUUGGGAGUGGAUGGCAAGUUAUGGUUGGAUACAUAAACUUGGCAUGUCAUUACAUUGUUGGACUCUCUCUUGGCUAUUUUCUGGGUUUCAAUAAACAUUUGGGGGUUAAGGGUCUGUGGGGAGGCACAAUGUGUGGCAGUAUCAUCCAGAUUUUUGUGCUUAUAGUCAUUAUUUGGAAGACCAACUGGACCAAGCAGGUGGAGCAAACAGCUAAUCGCAUGCGAAUAUGGGGCUCCAAGAAUUUCCAGAAGGACAUGAUCUAAAAUUGAAAGUGUGUUGGAUAUGUGUAUAACUGUAAUAUAAUAUUCCAUGGGGAAUAC